GCAGGCAGUCGGAGCGCGCGGCUGCAGCGGCGGAGCCGAAGCCGAGAGCACCAGCGGCGGCCGCAUCGCAGCCCGCGGGGCCCGCCGCAGCCAUGGGCAACCGCGGCAUGGAGGAUCUCAUCCCGCUGGUCAACCGGCUGCAGGAUGCCUUCUCUGCCAUCGGCCAGAAUGCGGACCUCGACCUGCCGCAGAUCGCCGUGGUGGGCGGCCAGAGCGCCGGGAAGAGCUCGGUGCUCGAGAAUUUCGUAGGCAGGGACUUCCUGCCACGAGGAUCUGGCAUUGUCACCCGACGUCCCCUGGUUCUGCAGCUGGUCAAUGCUACCACAGAAUAUGCCGAGUUCCUGCACUGCAAGGGGAAGAAAUUCACCGACUUCGAAGAGGUUCGCCUGGAAAUUGAGGCCGAGACAGACCGGGUCACCGGCACCAACAAGGGAAUCUCUCCAGUGCCCAUCAACCUCCGCGUCUACUCGCCGCACGUGCUGAACCUGACCCUAGUGGACCUGCCCGGAAUGACCAAGGUCCCGGUGGGGGACCAGCCUCCUGACAUCGAGUUCCAGAUCCGAGACAUGCUGAUGCAGUUCGUCACCAAGGAGAACUGCCUCAUCUUGGCUGUGUCCCCUGCCAACUCCGACCUGGCCAACUCCGAUGCCCUCAAGGUCGCCAAGGAGGUGGACCCCCAGGGUCAGCGCACCAUUGGGGUGAUCACCAAGUUGGACCUGAUGGACGAAGGAACAGAUGCUCGCGAUGUUCUGGAGAACAAGCUGCUCCCGCUGCGCAGGGGCUACAUUGGCGUGGUAAACCGAAGCCAGAAGGACAUCGAUGGUAAGAAAGAUAUCACGGCUGCCUUGGCUGCUGAACGCAAGUUCUUCCUCUCCCACCCUUCCUAUCGCCACUUGGCUGACCGCAUGGGCACGCCCUACCUACAGAAGGUCCUCAACCAGCAACUGACAAACCACAUCCGGGACACACUGCCCGGGCUGCGGAACAAGCUGCAGAGCCAGCUGCUGUCCAUUGAGAAGGAGGUGGAGGAGUACAAGAACUUCCGCCCCGAUGACCCAGCACGCAAGACCAAGGCUCUGCUGCAGAUGGUCCAGCAGUUCGCUGUCGACUUUGAGAAGCGCAUUGAAGGCUCAGGGGACCAGAUCGACACCUACGAACUGUCGGGGGGAGCCCGCAUCAACCGGAUCUUCCAUGAGCGCUUCCCCUUUGAGCUGGUCAAGAUGGAGUUUGAUGAGAAGGAACUCCGGAGGGAGAUCAGCUAUGCCAUCAAGAAUAUCCAUGGCAUUAGGACGGGCCUCUUCACACCUGACCUCGCUUUUGAAGCCACAGUGAAAAAGCAGGUGCAGAAGCUUAAAGAGCCCAGUAUCAAGUGUGUGGAUAUGGUAGUCAGUGAGCUCACGGCCACCAUCAGAAAGUGUAGCGAAAAGCUCCAGCAGUACCCGCGCCUGCGGGAGGAGAUGGAGCGGAUCGUGACCACGCACAUCCGGGAGCGCGAAGGCCGCACCAAGGAGCAGGUCAUGCUUCUCAUCGAUAUUGAGCUGGCUUACAUGAAUACCAACCACGAGGACUUCAUAGGCUUUGCCAAUGCUCAGCAGAGGAGCAACCAGAUGAACAAGAAGAAGGCUUCAGGCAACCAGGAUGAGAUUCUGGUCAUCCGGAAGGGCUGGCUGACUAUCAACAAUAUUGGCAUCAUGAAGGGGGGCUCCAAGGAGUAUUGGUUUGUGCUGACCGCCGAGAAUCUGUCCUGGUACAAAGAUGACGAGGAGAAAGAGAAGAAAUACAUGCUCUCCGUGGACAACCUGAAGCUGCGGGACGUGGAGAAGGGCUUCAUGUCCAGCAAACACAUCUUUGCCCUCUUCAACACGGAGCAGAGGAAUGUCUACAAGGAUUAUCGGCAGCUGGAACUGGCCUGUGAGACACAGGAGGAAGUGGAUAGCUGGAAGGCCUCCUUCCUGAGGGCUGGCGUGUACCCCGAGCGUGUUGGGGACAAAGAGAAAGCCAGUGAGACGGAGGAGAAUGGCUCGGACAGCUUCAUGCACUCCAUGGACCCCCAGCUGGAGCGGCAGGUGGAGACCAUCCGGAACCUCGUGGACUCGUACAUGGCCAUCGUCAACAAGACCGUCCGGGACCUCAUGCCUAAGACCAUCAUGCACCUCAUGAUCAACAAUACCAAGGAAUUCAUCUUCUCGGAGCUUCUGGCCAACCUCUACUCGUGCGGGGACCAGAACACACUGAUGGAGGAGUCCGCCGAGCAGGCGCAGCGGCGAGACGAGAUGCUGCGCAUGUACCACGCACUGAAGGAGGCGCUUAGCAUCAUCGGCGACAUCAACACGACCACUGUCAGCACGCCCAUGCCCCCGCCCGUGGACGACUCCUGGCUGCAGGUGCAAAGCAUACCGGCCGGACGCAGGUCACCCACGUCCAGCCCCACGCCGCAGCGCCGAGCCCCCGCCGUGCCCCCAGCCCGGCCCGGGUCGCGGGGCCCUGCUCCUGGGCCUCCGCCUGCUGGGUCCGCCCUGGGGGGGGCACCCCCCGUGCCCUCCAGGCCGGGGGCUUCCCCUGACCCCUUCGGUCCUCCCCCCCAGGUGCCCUCGCGCCCCAACCGCGCCCCGCCCGGGGUCCCCAGCAGGAAGGGCCCAGCCUCACCUACGCGACCUGCAGUCCCCCGGCCACCUGAGGCUCCCCUCUUAGACUUAUAAGCCUGUGGCCGCUGGCAUCCGGCCACCUGCCCUUCCUCCCUCCCCAGGGUCCCGUCAGAGGACUCCUGGGCUUUCUGCCCACCCAGAGGGGCCUUGAGCGCUCCCCUCCAGCCAGUCUUUGUAGCUUUGCCCUCCUGGUUCAAACAGUGUUCUUUGUCUUGUCUUUCUCCAUCAGGCCUGGUGGCUGUCACAUGGGGCUCAUGGCCCCAUGUUUCCCCAGGGCUAGGGGUGGCCCUAGGCCAGUGGGUUCAAAGACAGGAGGGCCAGAGAAGAGGGAAGCCAGAGGGGGCCGAGCACGUGUCUGGAGCUGUGGGUGCACUGCCUGGUGGUGUGUGAGAGACCAGUGUGUGUGGCGGGGGGUGCUGUCCCAGCCUUUAUCCCAGAGCCCCAUGGAGCUCUGGCCCCCCGCCCAUCUUCCGCUCCUUCCACCUUCCCUUUCUCGUCUCUCUCCUCUAUUCCAGAAGCUGGCCCACACCCUUCCCCGUGUCUUCUGCCCCCGCCCACCCUCCCCCCACCGCUGGGCUCGAAGGCCCUUGCCUUACCAGCUCUCCCCCCCCCCUUUCUCUCCUUCUCUCUUUGCUUUCUCGCCAACUGCCAGCCGAUCGGGUCAGGCAAGUCCAUCCCGUCCUGAGAGCCCCAGGCCCCCCUUCGACCUCUAGCCAGAUCCCUCCUAGUCCUCGGAGACCUCCCUUUCCAAGCCUGCCUGGACGGCUAUUCUGUGACUUGACAGUGGCUACCCAGCCCCAAAGCCACCCCCUUCAUCUGUGACUUAGUCUGUUGUAGUGGUGAGCUGACACAUCCAGGCGCGAUGUUGGUGAAACUUGUGCCCCUCUGUGGUGUUGCUCCUGCCCCGUUCUACAAAUAUCUAUAAAUACUCAUGUACACACACACACACACACACGCACAGCCGCCACAGCCUCGCCUCUAGUGUUGGGAUCAAUCACCACGCUGCCCUUGAGGAGUCUUGUGGCCUGACUACAAGGGAUCACUGUCAUCCUGGCAUCCCCUCCAAAGCGUGCCACCUCUGAUGAGCCUCCCUGUCAACGCCUGGCCUGCGGACAGCCAGCCCCUCUGCCCCUGUCCCCUCCUUCCCCACCUCUUUGAGUGUGGGGGUGCUGUACUGGCAGCUGCGUGGUUCUCUGACCGCUACCAGUCUUGCUGUCUCCUGGCUGAGAAUAAAACCCAUUUCUGGACAAUGGGGAA